ACAAAUUUGUUCACGAAUAAGACGUCGCUGUACAGUGGUCAAGUUCAAAGCUUUUCUGAACAGCUUUUCGUUCUGUAAACUCGUUAUUUUAGUUGACAAACCGGCUAAACCAUCUACUUAAAUUAGAUUCGAGCCAUACUAGACACUAUGUCAUAACAUAAAAUUAGAAAAUAAUGGUGAAACAUUCACCCAGGCAUCAUUUAGGGCACCUAUAACGGCUGACAGGGGUCCUGCCUCCUGACAGUAUGGCUGCCUUCAGUAGAGGCAGGCAAAUUAUCAAAGCUUUCAGGACUUUAAUAUUUACAAGAAACUUUACAGCCGGUACAUUUGAUUAUGAUCUGGUGGUUAUUGGUGGAGGCUCUGGAGGGUUGGCAUGUUCAAAAGAAGCUGCCCAGUUAGGGCACAGAGUUGCUGUUUUGGACUAUGUUGAACCUUCACUCAAAGGCACAAAGUGGGGUCUUGGUGGCACGUGUGUGAAUGUCGGCUGUAUUCCAAAGAAGCUUAUGCAUCAGGCGGCACUGCUUGGCACUGCUGUCAAAGAUGCUAGGAAGUAUGGCUGGCAAAUCCCAGAAUCCCUGUCACAUGACUGGCCAACAAUGGCUGAGGCUGUCCAAAACCAUGUGAGGUCUCUAAACUGGGGCCACAGAGUGCAACUACAAGACAAGAAGGUGAAGUAUUUGAAUAUGAUUGGCAGUCUGGUGGAUAAACACACUAUCAGAGCUGUAAAUGCCAAAGGGAAGGAGAUGACACUGACCACUAAAAACAUUGUGUUAGCUACUGGUGGACGGCCGAAGUACCCUACUCAUGUCCCAGGAGCCGUGGAGUUUGGGAUCACAAGUGAUGAUGUCUUCUGGCUCAGCGAGUCGCCCAAAAAAACGUUGGUUGUUGGUGCCAGUUAUGUAGCGCUGGAAUGUGCUGGCUUCCUUACAGGCAUUGGGCUGGACACCACUGUGAUGGUGCGUAGUAUCGCCCUCCGGGGGUUUGAUCAGCAAAUGUCUGGUUUAGUCACAGACUACAUGGAGGCGUAUGGCACCAAGUUUUCCUGGAGGUGUACACCAAAAAGUGUAGAAAAGCUCCCUUCUGGCCUUCUCCAGGUCACAUGGAUGGAUCUAAACACCAAAGAAGAACAUCAAGACACCUUCAACUCAGUACUUUGGGCUGUAGGCAGAGCCCCCGAAACCAAGACCCUCAAUUUGGAGAAGGUGGGCGUGGAGAUCAACAAAGAAACUGGGAAGAUAAUUGUGGCCGCUGACGAAGUCACAUCUGUGCCGAAUAUUUUCGCUAUCGGAGACAUCGGUGAGGGUCGUCCCGAGUUGACCCCGACAGCCAUUAAGGCCGGAAAGCUCCUGGCCCGCAGACUGGUGGGCCAUUCCAAUGAGCUCAUGAAUUAUGAGAGUGUGGCCACUACAGUGUUCACUCCACUAGAGUACGGCUGUGUAGGCCUGUCUGAAGAAGAGGCUGAAAAGAAACACGGCAAAGACCAGAUUGAGGUGUACCAUGCCUUCUACAAACCGCUCGAGUUCACUGUGGCUGAGAGAGAUGCCACUCAAUGCUAUAUAAAGGUGGUUUGUCUACGGGAGGGUGAGCAGCGUGUGCUAGGUCUGCAUUUUACUGGCCCGAACGCUGGUGAGGUCACACAGGGCUUUUCUUUGGGCUUCCAGUGUGGGCUUACCUACGAACACCUCAGGAAUACGGUCGGAAUACACCCCACCUGUGCCGAGGAGUUCACCAAACUCAACAUCACUAAACGCUCCGGUCUUGACGCCACGGUAACGGGCUGCUGAGGUUAAGCAUCCCCUCCCUGAUCACACGAGCACACGGGAACCACCAAACAGGGUUGUGAUAAUACGAGUCAUGGAGUUACAGGAAGCAUCUCAUGAAAAUUCAACUCAGUUUUUGCUUUAGAAGCUCUUCCGUUUUUAUCUUGUCUGUGUGCAUGUUAGGAUCUUUGAAUGACCACAGAAUGCAAAUCUAUUUCAGUUUAAUUUAGUUCAGAUGAUAAUUUCAGAGGUCAGUGCUAACAAGUACGUGCUUCUACAUGCAUCCUUUUUAAACCAAUCCAAGGGAGUUGGGCUAGCUUUUUACCGCAUCUCAAGAUAAUCCAAUAAGGUCCUCAUGUUUGCUCUAUAGAAUACGAACACAGAUCCAGGUUAGAGCAACACGAGCCGCAAGCGCCACUGCGAACAGAUAAACACGGCCAUAAAUCAGGAUUAAGGCCCCAUUACAGUUUGCUGAAAUGAGAACCGUUGGAGAAAGUGGCCUAAUGUUUCUGAAAUAUAUUCUGCAAAUAUUGUUGUUUCUCUGGUUGUACUUCCUGUCCAUUAGUCAUGCGCCGCUCCUGACACUGAUGGAUGGGAUAGGCCCGUCGCUGCGCUGACACCACCCCAUUUCCCAGGGACGUAGACAAACACUCGGUGAGCGGCGUGUCACUCAAACGCAGAACCCGGUCGUGGACAGAGUGAGCGCUUGUUUAGUCCUGGACUUCAGGAGGUUCCCCAGUGCACAGAGGGAGCAGAAAGUACGCAGUACAAUAACAUACUCUCCUGCUCUUGAUGUGUAAGCCUAAAAGGCCAAAGGAAGCUUCAGUACCACUGGCUACCUGAAGGUGGCAGUGUUAGCUUCCUUUUCCCCCUGUUUUUCACUCACAUAUGUGGGGAUAAAUAUCUCUGAGCUGUGUAGUCAUUAUGAAUUCAAGUCACAGUUAAUCACUGGCAGAAUGUUAAGAUUAAUUGAACACUUACUGGGCAUUUAUCGCUCCAUAGGUUUAGCUUAUCUGUUGUUUGUGUAUUUGGCUAAUAGCUUUGGCCCAUGGUGCUGCUGCCCGCUUUGAGGGAAGUUAAACUACAACUAUUCCCAAAAGUUCAAUUCAUUUUGUGACAGGAAAUCUGUGUACUUUCAAACCAGAUAAAGCAUAUGUAAAAGCAUAUAUUUUUCAGAAACCUUAGUUCAUCUCACUGUCAUGUUGAUCCAAACCUGUAUAACUUUAUUUGUUCGUCAGGACACUGAUGAAGGAAUUUUGAAUUGUACUGGUUGCUUUUUGUCCAUUAAAUUAUAAUGAGGCUUUGAAGCUUUAAAAAGGAUGCAAUAGCACCAUUACAGUAUCAUUAAAAUUUCUGCGCUGUAUUUCAAGUGUUUUGAAGUCAUAUGAACAGAAUGAAAAGUCGUUAUUGACUGCAAAUCUUCCACCUUAGCUCUCAUUGCUGCAUUCAUGAGAGAAUUAGUGGUGCUCGAUUCAUGAACGAAUCAUUCUUUUGAGUUUUUUUUUUAAUAAUUUGAUUGAUCUAGAUCACAAAACCGUCCUGAAUUAUUAAUUCACAAAUUGGACUGAUCCGAUUCUCAAGUUCAAACUCUCACACAAAGCUAUCAUAUGACUUCAGAAGACCUGAAAAUACCGCAUGAGACAUAUUAACUACUUUUAUGACUCUAUAAUGGUUAUUUUAUGUCCUAUUUUUACAGCUUGAAAGUUUUAGUCUCAUUCAUUGUAGCAUGGAAAUAAGCCACCAGAAUAAUUGUUCAAUGGAAGCAUUUAUUUCUUAGUGGAACACAAGAGAAGAAAUACAGGUUUGGAAGAGCAUGAGGGUGAGUAAAUAAUGGCGCAAUUUACAUUUUCUGGGGAAAUAUGACUUUUAACUGUUUAGUAAAAUGGAUAAGUUAAAAACUAGCCAUUUGCAUUUGUAGUUUCGGUGUCAAUGAAACGUGAUAGAGUGAAAUAACAGAUAUGCAAAACUUAUAAAACACCUGAACCAGUCAUUGUCACUCAGUUCUGUAGUUAAGCAUGCUAUAUGCAAAAUGAAUAUGAAAUCAGCUUGAGAAACACUAGUCAAGAUUCCACUCCUUAAAGGGAUAGUUCACCCAAAAAUGAAAAUUAUGUUGUCAUUUACUCAUGUUGUUCCAAACCUGUAUGACUUUCUUUCUUCUACGGAACACAAAAAAAGAUAUUUUACAGAAAAUUGGCUACCACACAGUUUUGGUUUGGCGGCUUUUCUCAAUUUUUUUUCUUUUAAUGUUCUACAGAAGAAAGUCGUUCAUACAGGUUUGAAACAACAUAGGGAUGAGUAAAUGAUGACAGAAUUUUUAUUUUUGGGUGAACUAUCUCAUUAACAUUUGCUAAACCCUCUCUAUCUUCAAUCAAGCCGUUAUAUCUACGGUUUCACACAAACACUUUCAGUCGGUUUCACGAGAAUGCCAUAGACUUCGGAGUCCAUUGUGGAAGAACGGUAUUGCUGGAGUUUGUUUUUGUUUGAAGUCUAAUCUGCCCUGGCUCUGAUUAAUGAGCCUGAGAGCGGAGUGACAGCCUGCCGUGGAGAGGAGCACUGCGCUACCAGGUUUAUUUGUACCAAGGACUGAUGGGAAGAGGGGGGUACCGUGUGCUCGACUCAGGGACGGGGUGCUGACUGAAGAACCCUGACCCCAACACACUACCACCAACAGCUUGGCUCUAUCAACCCACACAUACACAACACACUCACAGCCGGUGGGCGGAGCUGCGCCACAACACAGAAAUAUGCGGGUGCUUAUUUCUUCAAAGUGUACAGAUAUUCCUGUCAUGACCAGCGUAAUUGUCAUGUUACCGUUCAAACGUUGAUGUUUUCACACAUUUUUAAAUGUGAAAUCUAAGUGUGACAUCUAAAAUUGAAAUUAAAGCAGUUAUCGGCAUUGAUUGUCUCACUUAUAUGCUGAUAAAAUGUGCUUUAGAUACAUUACCCGCAGGCCAGCUUGAGACAGCAGCUCCGAACCCCACACUGGCGCACACACACACACUGUGAAGGGUCAGGGUUCAACUUUCAAGGGCCCAGCUAAUGAUGACUUGCACUAAAAGCCAAAACUGGAGAGGGCGAGUCUGAUGUCACCUGGCGUCACAUUUAUUUCUGUAAAUAGAGAAGCCUGAUUUGGCAUUAAGCCAUGUACUGGAUAAUUUAUAUGUGCGUGUAAUAAAAUAUACAAAUGUACAGUUGCACCAUUAAAAUAAUGAUGGAUUCUG